GUUGGCAACCUGGAAAAAUAGUUAGUCAAUCUUAUCUUCACAGAUAGUAGCAAGAGGAAGCAGCGUUAUAUUGUAGUGCGAAAUAGUGAAACGCUAGCAGUAUACAUGAUUUUGUUCACAUAAUCCUUCAUACAGUGUUCAGAUAUUAAUCAUUUAACACAUUAAGGGCGCAUUUUCAUCGAAUUUUGGUGCAUUAAAUGGAGGAGAAGAAGGAAGACGGAGACUCGGAGAUACAGGAACACGGACCCGAGCACUGGUUCUCAAAAUGGGAGCGGCAGUGCUUGGCCGAAGCGGAGCAAAGGGAGCCGAGCGAGGAGGAGGCCGACAACGACCAGGAUAAACUGUGGCAUCUCUUCCAGAACUCCGCCACUGCCGUGGCACAGUUGUACAAAGACAGAGUAUGCCAUCAGCAGGGCCUCUCACUGUGGGUGCCAUUUCAGAACUCUGCCACAGCAGUUACCAACCUCUACAAAGAGAGUGUGGAGGCACAUCAGCGAAGCUUCGAUCGGGGCAUACAGAUAGGCCAUCAACGGCGUAAUAAGGACAUGUUGGCCUGGGUGAAAAAGCGUCGGAGAACCAUUCGUAGGGAGGAUCUCAUCAGCUUUCUGUGCGGCAAAGCACCACCACACAGGAGUAGCAGGGCCAACCCCCGGCUGGCCAUGGUGGCCCCCAGUCGGGCUAAUUCACCAGCUGAGACCGGCUCAUCUGUGGAAGCAGACCUCCAGCCCUUCAGAGAGGCCAUAGCACUGCAUGGUCUGAGCGGAGCCAUGGCGAGCAUCAGUGUGCGCUCUGGUGCUCCAGGGUCUCCCACACAUGUGAGCGGGAGCAGCAGUAACGGAGGUGGUGCUGGUGGAGGUGGUUCUUCCGGGUCGGGGCCGGUGUGCCGCAGCAGGCGUAAUGGGCUCCAAGACGUCGACCUGAACACUUUCAUCUCAGAGGAGAUGGCACUGCAUCUGGACUCUACAGGCUCUGCCUCUGGAGGGGGAGGAACCAGGAAACGAAACUCCACCCAGUGUAGUGAUGUCAUCACAGACUCCCCUACACACAAACGCAACAGGAUGAUCUGAUCUGCUGCCUGCUUAUGUGUGUGAGGAGGGUGGGGGGGGGGCCUUCAAGCCAAGGCUAGGAGAGGGGGAUGGAUGGGCUUAUGUGGGACCGGUGUGCAGACGGACAGACAGACGUUGGGAUGCCUGGCUGUGCGAAAGAACCCACGGGGACUGAAGGUCUUAGUUCGGUUGAUUCAGAUGUUGAAUGAAUUCUGUUCCUUGUCUCCUUUCCCAUCAUUAUUACUACAAUUCACCGAACACUUGAUGAGUGUGCGUGUGGGUGACCGGGAGGGCUGAACAACAUCACGCACUCCUCGGCCAUCGCUGCCCUUGAAAGGAGACAACGAAGGGAGCCACCAACUCAUCCUGGGACGCAGACAGUUCUCAAAGUGAAAAUGCACUGUGCUGCUCGACAAGUAAAAGCCACUCGAUCCUUGACACGUUUGUGCCCUUCCCUCCCUUAACCUCACCCAUCCUCACCCACCACCUUAAUAAGGAAGUGAGGGCCAUGAUCAAAUCGUCUCACUCAGUGAAUCAAGUCGCUCGCCAAAUGUCGGACCCGACUCUGUCAGAGACUCACCUCUGUGUCAGACAACCACCACCCGUUCUCUCUGUUACGUCAUCAUUGCAGUCCUCGGCUGAUGUUGCCUGUCAGUGGUGGAGCUAAGUGGUCUGGUAGGAGUACAUCUGUGGCAUCACCCUGCCUCACCUGCCGCUUGGAACCAGUUACAUUUCUCUGGCUGCUAGUUAGACGGCAUUUAACCACCAGUAGCAGGCCAUUGAUGUUUGGACAGUUUGACCUUAUUCUCUGCUAACUUCUGUGCUUCAACAGUGGCUUGAUUUAGAUCAGCCAGUUGCCCUUUCUGUUUUUAGUUCUUCACCCACCAGUGUUAAAAUUCUAGGUUUGUUGCCACUGUUUGCAGCAGUGAUAGCCAAGUUAAUUUUGCGUUCUUUCUCCACCUUGUUUUUUGUUGUUGUUUUUAUUGAGGAUAAUGGAAAGGAAAACUUUAUUAUUAUUUUUUUUGUGUAUACAGCUUCUCAGAUGGCCCGUUUGCUCACUGCGGCGCCCUCUCCCCCUUUACCCUAGUCUUAUUAUGAAAGCAGCUGCUGUUUUAUGUGACCUUGUGAUUAUUCUGAUGAGUUGCAAUAAGGAUUUUUGCACUUAGCUUUCACCUCUAACUCAUGCAAACAAAUCGGCUCUUCCAUUGUAUCCCAGUUGUAGCCUUGUCCAACCUAAAAAGGCCCACUUGUGGUCGGUCCACACAUUACUUACCGGUUGGUGCUUAGAAACCAUAAAUACUUUGUCUGAGUAGAAAUGGAGCUCUCACGCACACCGCUGGUUCCAACAACCUCUUGAGUGUUGAUCAAGCGGUGGAGCGUUACUGCGCAUGAGCUCUGCUUGUAUUCAGAGUCCUUCCCCGUCUGACAAAUGAUUUAACUUAUCGGAAGAUAAUCGGUGCUGUAAAGAGGGUAAGUCACAGAAAUGUUCUUACAAAGGUAGCGUUUCUCAACAGAGCCAGCAAACGUGCCAGCCAGUGCACACGAGGCACUGGAUAAAAUUUGGCCAGAGUGUUGGAUCGGGUGUUGGGACACUGUCUGCUUUUCAUAUAAGGGGUGUGUGCAUUAAUAAGACGUGGCUGGGUUUGAUUUUACGUGGUACAGGAUGACGCAACUUGGGGCUUGUUUCAUUCUUAAAAUGGUCGUUGCCUUCCAUCCUUCGAUAAGAGAGUCGAGUAGGAGGCACCGAUAUCACAUGAGUCAGAAAUUUGGGUAUAUUUAGCAGUUGAAGUAAUGUAACUGGUACUGAUUUUUCAGUCUUAAUGAGAGAUUAUUGGAGUUAAAGCUAAACUUGUUUGUCGGUGUAAUAAACUCAAUUGUUGGAAUAUGCUUUCAUUUAGCAUAGGAAGAUAACAAAGUGUGAAUGAUUAAAAAAUCUUGAGUUGUGUAGUUAUGAAACCCAGUAUUUCCAGUAAUUCCCUGCUGUAGUAAUGAUACAGUAAGUUGUGAGUUGGCUGGGAUAUAAACCCCUCAGCUUCACAUGUAAUACCCACCGUAGCUGACUUGUGGGAUGUCCGUGUUUCCUUCUCCCUUUCCACAUUUUUGUUGACUUGUUCACUCCCCCUCACCUUCAUGACCUGGAAAGUGGGUUUUCUUUUGUUGUAUAAAUCAUGCCAGUUUUUAACUUCUGUUACAUUUUGGUCAUGGAUUUCAUUUGUAUGUUAUAGGUUUGCUUUUAUAUUCAUACGCAAUUACUGGCUUGUCGGUGAAAGAAAAGAACCAGGCUGAGAUUCAAUAAUUCUGUCAAAGUGAAUGAAGAGUUCCACAUUUAGGAGUUUAUCCUUGCAUUCAAGUGAAACCACUGAAUUUGAUAAAAUAAUUUGAUAAAACCUGGUAUUGGGAAAGGGAGAUUUGAUUGGCCUAUAGAGAGCCUCUGAAACUGUGAAGGGGGCCCAGCAAGUGCAAAAAAAAAAGUAAAAACGCAAACAACGUCUCAGUCUUGUAAGUUCUGG